CGUCUGUUGCCCCUCCAAAAAAAAAUCCUUAAACGACUCCAACGGCCCCACCUUCUAUUUCUUCCCCGAAGAAGAACGCCCCACGCUCCACGCCCCACCUACCGUCUACAUAUACGAACCAAUUUACGAAUUUCCUCCUCCCUCUUUAAAAGCUCGUUUUCUUUUGAUCCGGGACAUACGUUCUGUCUAGAUACACACACACACCUUCUCUAUACCGUAUACCUAAUACCUCCUGCUGCGAUGGAUGAACAGGCCUUCGUUCAGACUCUGAUGUCUGUAUUGGCGCCGGACAACAAUACUUUGCUCAAGGCGACGACGAAGCUGCAGAAGGAGUACUACAAGAUGCCAGAGUCGCUGCCAAUACUGAUCCAGAUUGUGCGGGGGCACCCCGACAAGGCGCUGCGGCAGCUGGCGGCGGUGGAGGCGCGCACGCUGGUGCCCAAGUUCUGGGGAAUUAAGAACAACUCGUCGGCCAAGGUGCCUGACGACGUGAAACAGCAGAUCAAGGAGUCGCUGCUGCUGUCGGCGACCCAGGACGAGGUGCCAAUCGUCCGGCACUCCGCCGCCCGCGUCGUGUCGGCUAUCGCUAGAAUCGAGAUCCCGAACGGACUCUGGCUGGAUCUGCCCGCCACCCUGAUCCAGGCCGCCCGCUCCCAGAAGAAGGACGAUCGCGAGGUCGCCACGUAUGUCCUCUUUACCCUGCUGGAUACCCUCGAGGACGAGAUGGCCAGCAGCUGGCAGGAGUUUGUCCAGCUGUUUGCUCAGACUAUCAAUGACCCCGAGAGCAUGUCCGUGCGGUUGAACACCCUGCUGGCGCUGGGAAAGUUGACUGAGGUUCUGAACUCAGACGAGCAUUCGGCGGCCGUGGAGGCUGUGCGCCAGCUCAUCCCCGCUAUGGUCUCGGUGCUCAAGCAGGUUGCUGAGGAUGGUGAUGAGGAGAAGUCGAACUCGGCGUUUGAGGUCUUCCAGAUGCUGUUGAUCGUCGAUCCGGCAUUCACCUCGAGCCAUUUCCGUGACUUGGUCCAGUUCUUCUCCGACAUGUCGAUCAACAAGGAGCUCGAUGACGACGUCCGCACGAAAGCCUUGUCGUUCCUCCUGUCUUGCAUCCGCUACAAGAAGCUGAAGAUUCAGGCGCUGAAGGUCGGGCAGACCCUGACGGAGAGGGCCAUGCAGAUUGUUACCGAGUUCCAGGACAUCGCCGAUGACGACGAGAUGACCCCCUCGAGAUCGGCUCUGCAGAUGCUGGAUUUCAUGGCCGCCGCUCUCCCCCCGAGUAUGGUGGUUGUGCCCAUGCUCAACGCCUUGCCCGGAUACACCAGCAGCCCUGACCCCGAGUACAGGAAGGCUGGUAUCUUAGCGCUGGGACACUGUGUUGAGGGUGCUCCCGACUUCAUUGUCACGCAGCUCGACUCCAUCUUCCCCAUUGUCCUGCGUCUCCUCGGUGACCCCGAGGCCCGUGUCCGUCAGGCUGCCCUCGAGGCGCUCAUGCAGCUUGCCGAUGAUCUGCACGAGCAGCUCGGAAAGGAGCAUGCUCAGUUGAUUCCCAUCCUUAUCAACAUGAUGAACUCGAACGACGGCCCUGAGAUCUGGAGACGCGCUUGUAACGCCAUCGAUGCCGUCCUUGUCGGAGUUGACCAGGCGGAUGUCGAGGAUUACCUUCCCACGCUUGUCCCCAAGCUCUUCGCCAUUUUCGAGCAGGGCGACUUCAAGCUCAAGGCUGCCUCCGUCGGCGCCAUUGGCUCUACUGCGAUCGCUGCUAGCACCAGCUUCACCCCUUACUUCCAGGACAUGAUGCAGGGACUUUCUCCCUACGUUUCGCUCAAGCACUCGGAGGAGGAACUCGAUCUUCGCGGUAUCGUCAUCGACUGCAUGGGCUCCAUCGCCGAGGCUGUUGGUCUCCAGGCCUUCACCCCGUACGUCGAGCCGCUCAUGCACGCCGCCGACGAGUCCCUUCACCUCGGCCACCCCAGGAUGAAGGAGACCGCCUUCAUGUUCUUUUCUACCAUUGCCAAGAUCUACGGAGAGGAGUUCAAGCCCUUCCUUGACGGAACCACCAAGGCUCUGUUCGACAGUUUGACCCAGGGCGAGACGGAGGAUGGCGAGGAGGGCGAGCUGGAGCUGAACGUCGUUAAUGUUGGCGGCUCUGCCGUCUCUGGUACCAUCGUCACAGCGAACGGCGAUGACGAUGACGAGGACAACGAAGACAACUGGGACGACCUGACCGCGGUCGGCGCCGUCGCCUUCGAGAAGGAGGUUGCCGCCGAGACGCUCGGAGAGAUCCUCAGCCACUGCAAGCACGCGUUCCUGCCGUACCUCGAGAGGACGGUCGAGAUCCUGCGCGCAAUGGCCGAUCACCACUACGAGGGCAUCCGCAAGGCCGCCAUCUCCACGCUCUGGCGCGCCUACGCCACGCUCUGGCAGGUCUGCGAGGGCCAGGGUAUGGCAAAGUGGCAGCCGGGAAUCCCGCUCCAUGUCGUGCCCACCGAUGAGCUCAUGAAGCUGGGACAGGUAGUGGCUCAGGUCACCCUCGAGAACUUGAAGACCGAGACGGAUAGGUCCACUGUCACCACUAUCUUCCAGAACGUCUGCGAAACGCUCAAGAUCUGUGGUCCCGCUAUUCUCGCCGAUAGCGAUGGUACCACCAUCCUUGAGCUCACCACCCAGCUGGUUCUCGUGCUCAUGAAGCAGCACCCCUCCCAGCUUGAGGACGUCGAGGAUGAGCUGGACCUUCCUGAGCUCCAGGAGUCCUCCGAGUACGACUGGCUGCUUGUUGAGUCCGCUAUGGAUGUCCUCGUUGGUCUCGCCGUCGCUUUGGGACCGCAGUACGGAAAGAUCUGGGAGAUAGUCUCUACUCAUCUCUACAAGUACGCGGGCUCGAGCGAUCCCCGCGAGAGGGCCGUUAGUGUCGGUGCCAUCGCCGACAGCAUCAAGUUCAUGGAGAGUGCCGUCACCACUUACACUCCGAAAUUGUUCCAGCUGUUGUCGCACCGCAUCACCGACGAGGACCAGGACACCAAGGCCAACGCUGCCUACGCCAUGGGUCUGCUGUGCUACUUCACUGAGGAUAAGACCUUCAUCGAGAAGGAGUACCCCAAGAUCCUCCAGAAGCUCGAGCGCUUCCUGGCCCGCAACGCCAGCGACAACCCCAGGCUCCUCGACAACGCUGCUGGCUGCAUCGCGCGCAUGAUCAUGGCCUCGCCCAUGAACGUCCCGCUCGCCGAGGUCCUCCCCGCCCUCGCCAGCGUCCUCCCGCUCACCGAGGACUACGAGGAGAACGAGCCCGUCUACAAGAUGCUCGUCAAGCUUUACCAAGCCUCGAACGCAACCGUCUUCGGCAUGACCCAGCAGUUCGUGCCCAUCUUCUCGCAGGUCCUGACUCCGCCAGAGGACCAGCUCAACGACGAGACCCGCGCCGAACUGGUCGAGCUCGUCAAGUUCCUCCAUAGUAAGGAGCCCGCGCUGGUGCAGAAUUUCCCGGCGCUGUUGCAGUUGGUUCAGCAGCAGUAGACCUCGGGUAGCUAGGUGCUGAGCUUGGUACGGGGGGGUAAAUUAAAUGGAGUAGGGAGUUCAGAGGGGUGAUGUUUUUCUUUUGUUUUAGACGGAUCGGAUGGGUGUGGGUAUGGGAUGGGCGUGGGAUGCUUGCUUGGGGUGUUUGUUCGUGCUUUUGAUGAUUGUGAUGAUUGUGUUUGAGGCUUAUUUCGUUGUUAUAUCAAAAGUUUUAUGGUUUUAUGGUUCUGUUUUUGUUUCAACUUGUUAAAAGAUGUCUGGGAUGGGUGGUGGUUGGAACGGUUGGCGGGUACUGGGGGACUGUGGGGCCGUGGUAUACCUACCUGGUAGAUUAGUAUGAUACCUUACGGAAGUAAGUAGGAUAGGGUGGACGAAUGGAAGUUUUCAGAUUGAUCACAGA